GUAAGUCCUCCUGUAUUUCCAGUCUUCUUGCGUGCGUACGUGCAAUCGUACGAUUGCAAGUACGCAAACUUUGGUGUUCUCUGUGUGCGUUUGUACAAUUGCACCAUGGAGGUGAAUCACCCAGGAUAACACCUCCAUGAAUUGCACGUAAGCCGGGUAGGGCCAUCGAGUGCUUACGUGCAAUCGUACGAACGCAAACAGAAAACCAAAGUUUGCGUACGUGCGAAGUACGAUUGCUCGUAAGCACUCAAGAAAAAAAUAAUAAAAAUCAGCGUGCGCAUGCGUAAUCCACCAUAUUAUUGAAUAUUGUUAUUAUUAAUAAUAAAUAAAUCAGAACAAUAAUGAUUCAUGGAUUCAUGUAUUGCAAUUUGCGCGUGAUAAUUGUUUAUUAAAUUCUUUUGUUUUAAUUAAUAAUAUUAUUAUAUUAUUAACAAUAUUUAUAUAUCUAUAAUAUAAAUUAAUAAUCCACUGUUGACGUCAAUUAUAAUAAUAAAUGUAUGUGUCUGCGAUAUUGUUGAGAUACGCUGUCAAGGUUAUGUUUAUGUUUAAUGUAAAAUCUUAAAUAAUUUCAACAUUCGUAUCAUUUUAAGUAGACAAUUCUACACAAUACUAUCAAAAAAUGAGUGACACUUUAAAAACGAUUAAGGCAACUUGUGGUCGCAACAAAUACAAAUUGACAUUAACUUCAAAGAACACUCUAAAAUUAAGUGAUCUUAAAAAUGUAAUUUCAAAUGCAACUGGUCUUUCUUAUCAAGAAGAAGAUGGUGAUGAUACUGUCUCGGUUGUUCCUAUGAUAGACGGUAAAUUGAUCAUUGAUCCAAGGGUUGAUAUUUUGUAUACUAUUCUCAUAGAUACUCCAAUGUAUCCUUUAGCUAAUUUCAAUGCUCAAAAAUCAAGAAAACUAAUGGAGAUCGUUAAAGAAUUAGCACCACCACCACCUUCACCAGCAGCUGAAAAUUCAUAUGACAGUGAUGACAGUUUAAUGCAUCCACCAAAAAAAAUUCGUAAAUUGAUACAAAAAAAUAAAGCCCCAUGUGGAAAGAAAAUUGUAAACAAAUAUAUUACGAUUAGAUGGAUUCAUUAUUUUUUUGGUAGUAAAAAUUAUGGCUGAUAGUAUUUCCAUAUCAGGUGAAUCUGGUAUUUUACGACGUUUUAGUCCUAGACUUACUAGUGUUCUUUUAAAAUGUCUCAACGAAAUCAAAAUUCGAUGCUUGUUUUUAAGGAAAUCUACAAUUUCUUGAUAACCAUAUCCUUCUCUGUGAUAAUAUUCAAUCAGUUUAUUCCUGUAUUCAACUGCAUCAUCAUGACCAGCCUGGCUAACUCCAAUUACACCAGCAUCACCAGCAUCUGUCAUUUCAUAUUUAAUAUUGCAAUAUUAUAUGUAGAUCAUUAACUACAGCAUAGUAAUUUGAUUUGAUUUUUUAAAUUAAUUACCUGUGUUAUUAAAAUUAUUAGUUGAAGAGUUAUCCAUCUUGACGUAUAUGUGUUUAUAUAAAUAACACGUAUUUAUAAAUAUUUAAUACUUUUAUUGAAUUAAUUAAUAUUCAUAUUGUA